AAGAAGAGACGCAGCCUUAAACCAUCAGAGAGACUCAAACAUGAAGACUGGUCACAGUUUGAUCUUCUUCUUACUCCUCCUCGCAACACUGCAGGAUGGAAACGCUUGUCUCUAUUCCUUCCCAGGAAAAAAAAUCCUGCUGACAGGAACUGUUGGAGGAAACCUCACAUUCGAAUGCUUCUUUGAUAAGCCUGGACAAAUGAAGAUCCUCUGUAAGGAUGGCUGCAAAAGUGAAGACAUUCUUGUUCAAACAACUGAAGACACAGCUCAGCAUGGCAGGUACAGCAUGGAGGUUGACCAGUCGACAGUCGAAUAUUCUAUGAUUACUGUGUAUGUGAGCAUCGCAGAUCUGACCAAGUCUGACUCUGGAAGAUACCACUGCAAGGCGGGCAGUAUUACCUCUCCGAGUGAAGCCCAGUUGUUUGAGCUCAAAGUUGAAGAUGCUCCGACAACUCCUCAACCACCAACGACUUCCCGACCUUUGUUCCAACAACCCCACCAGCCUCCACCCUGGAAACACCAUCUGCAGAUCCUGCUCUGGGAACACCUUCUGCAGAUUCAGCUCUGGGAACACCACCUGCAGAUCCUGCUCUGGGAACACCACCUGCAGAUCCUGCUCUGGGAACACCACCUGCAGAUUCAGCUCUGGGAACACCACCUGCAGAUCCUGCUCUGGGAACACCUUCUGCCGUCCAGGGAGUGGUGUCUCAUGUGCGGCUGGUGCUGGUCAUCCUGAUCAUCGUGACAUCAGCAGCUGGGCUGACAUUCUGCAGGAAGAGGAGGACCAGUGAGCCUGAAGGACCUCACGUGGAACACGAGUACGGUGAUAUCACCAAGGAUGAGGAAGUGUACGAGGUGAUCUGAGAGGACGGACUCAGAUGAUCUUCUUUGGAGAUAUCUACGGGUCAAACAUUUUAAUGGAGGGAGUUCUCAAAAAACAAACAAAUUUAGUGAAUCUGUGAGGGAUUGGGUUUAAGCUUUGAGAUCAGAGACCAGGAAGCAUCUUCUUUACACAGCAGAGGGAAAUUUAUUUGCAGCAGCAGAGCAGAGAUGAUGUGGUUCACUUAGAAAAAAAAGUGUUAGUAUGAAGUAGUGGACUGCUAUUUUCGGAAACAGGAACGAUGCCUCUUUGCGAUGAUAUCUGCACACCAUCUUAAAUCUUAACUUUAAAAUUCUGAAGUUUACAGAUUGGAUUUUCAGCUGAACACAAAAUGGAGAAACAAAGAACUCAUGUUUGUCUUGCACACUUCAGGGUCUCUUCCUGCACAGAAAGUAGCCUCUUCAAUUAUACCGUACUGUUUCUCUCCACAUCAGUUUUAAAGGUGCGACAACCUGUAAUAGUUCCCAUGUUGUCAUGAGUUAAGUAAUGAUAAGUAUUGUUGUUUUCUUAAGAGCAAAAUAAACAGCUUUCAUAUGUUCUGGUUUAGUUUCACGUCCUGCCCUUGUGUUUCCCUCCACCUUGAUUGUGCCUCAUUAGUUUCACCUGUGUCCUGUGUUCACACCUGUCGCCUGUUACCCGGUGUGGAUUUAGUCUUUACCUUCUUGUUCUCUCUGUGGUUCCCUUGUGUUUUCAGUGGGACAAUUUUGGCAUUUUGGUUUGUUUGGACAUUUUAAGUAAGAUUUUGUUCAAUCUUUUGCCUUUUUGUUCUUUUGUAAUAAAGCUUUAUUGUCUGCA